GAUGGUCGCCGAUAUGCAGUAAAACGUGCUUUGGAUGCAUUUCGUAGCUCGGCGGAUCGCAGUCUCAAGUUACGCGAAGUGCAAAAGCAUGAACUCUUACCAUCUCAUAUCAAUCUUGUGCAAUUUUGCAAGGCGUGGGAGGAAAACGGUCGUUUGUACAUACUGACUGAAUUAUGCGAGAGAAGCUUGCUAGACUAUUGCUCCCAAAUCCAUACGGUUCCGGAGAAAGAAAUCUGGAACAUCUUCAUCGAUGUUUUACGGGCUGUCGAUCACCUUCAUCGCCACGAUCUCCUUCAUGUCGACAUCAAGCCGGAAAACAUAUUUCUCACUAAGGAUAAAGUGUGCAAGCUCGGCGAUUUCGGGCUCAUAUUCGAUUUGAAGAAUGACACUUCCUACACACCUGAAGAAGGUGAUGCGAAAUACCUGGCUCCGGAGGUGUUGAAUGCUGCACCAACCAAGGCUGCUGAUGUGUUCAGCAUUGGCAUUACGAUUCUUGAAGUCACUACAGACCUAGACCUACCCUCGAGAGGCGAUACCUGGCAUCAGAUUCGAAGCGGCGACAUCCCAGAUCGAUUCUUUUUAGGAGUCUCUAAAGACCUUACACGGCUUAUCAAAUGGUUGAUGUCUCCUGAUCCUGGUGCUCGUCCCACUACAGCACAGGCAUUGUCUGAUACAGCGAUUGCAAGUAGAGCGUCGCUGCGCUCAUGCUAUCUGGUCUAUCAUCAGACGACAAAAAUGAUCAGUGAUCACUCGAACACCAUUUUGAUGUGGAUCGUUGCACUAAUUCAUUUGUUGGCGAUUCCAUUCACAAUGUUCUUCGACGCGCUAAGAAAGAAGAAAAACGACCUUUGUACAACGCCAUCCAAAGGAGCUGCGAUGUUUGUGGUAUGCUCAUUCUCUCAUCUCGCUGGUAUUUUUGCUAUUGGGUCUCUGAUCUACAUAUAUUCGAUUUAUCUUGUAAAACCUUGCGAUCAGGCAGUUAUUCUCAUGGAAAUAUCUAGCGUGCAUUCUAGCUGUUGAUU